AAGAAGACGAAGCGGAAGUGACGUCAUCUGUCUUUAUCCCGCUGCAGCGCCAGCUAACGCUGUAGAAAUGAAUCCCGCUUAGCACACGAGGGGAUUUCAGCGCUAUUUCAGACAGUGAUUCCGUGCAGACUCGUCAGUGUGUGUGAAGAUGUGCGAUCUGAGCUCAGCGCUCAUUAAAGAGGGCUGGUACCUUACAGAUGAAGGAAUAGAGGAGUGUAAAAGUUCAACAGAGAAGACGAAAACAUCACCGACUGACAUUAUCCAAGUAGCACUAAACAGUGAUCUGAGACCAAUCGGAAAGAGCUUCCUGCCAACUGACAUCAACAGUGGACGAAUAGAAAAGUUGGAGGGCCCUUGUGUCCUUCAGGUACAAAAGAUUCGUAAUGUCGCCGCUCCUAAAGAUCACGAGGAGUCGCAGGGGGCGCCCAGAAUGCUGCGUCUGCAGAUGACAGACGGACACACGUCAUGCACCGGCCUAGAGUACAAACAUCUGUCCAAAAUCAGUCUGAACACUCCUCCUGGAACCAAAGUGAAGCUCCUGGGGGCUGUUCAGGUUAAAAAUGGCCUCCUGCUAUUGGACGAUUCCAAGAUCACGGUUCUCGGAGGCGAAGUGGAUCACAUGAUCGAGAAGUGGGAGUUUCAGAGGAGCCUGGCCAAACACAGCCGAAGAAACAUUGGUGCAGAAGGCGGACCUCCUCCAUUCGUUCCCUUUGGACAGAAAUGUGCUCAUAAGGAGCAGGUGGACAGCAGCGCUCUGGAUCAGAGGAAGACCCUGCAGAGCACUAACACGGUCAAAUCUGCUGAAGACAACGAUGAGUUUGAGAAACAAAGAACCGCUGCUAUCGCAGAAGUCGCCAGGAGUAAAGAGACGCGUACGUUCGGCGGUGGAGGCAAUGCAGGCGGAAACCUCGCCAAUCCAGGAUCCACCUACAAGAACCGAGACACCUAUCAAAGAAGACGAGAAGAGGGAGAAAAGCCGUGGACGGAGAACAAGUCGGAAGGAGUUUACAGAGAUUUGGUUGAUGAGCGAGCUUUGAGGGACAUCAUGGAGAUGGGCUUUAACCGAGAGGAGGCCAGACAGGCCCUGCUGGAUAACAACAAUAACAUGGAGGUGGCCCUCAACUGCCUGCUCACCGGAACAAACCAGCCCAAAGUGGCCCAGAUGGAGCAGAGCCGCCCACCACCUCGAGGAAAGGGUCGUGGAAGGGGACGCUCCAGACAAGAUGAGGAUGAGGAAGCAGGAGGAAGGCCAUCUGGGCCCAGCACAUUGUUUGACUUCCUGGAGUCAAAAAUGGGGACGUUGUCCAUUGACGAGUCAAAGAACCAACCUUCACUACAAAACCAUCUAUAUAAGAUGAUUUUCCCCAGCACUGAUCAAAUGUCCAGAGAUGCUGCCCAGUCCAAACACCCUUCCCGCAACGAGGGGCGCUCGCAGAGAAACGACAGGCCUCCACGUUUCCAGAAGGACGGAGACUUUCCUAAACCCAGCGCGGCCUUCUCCAGCGUCUCCCAGCCGCAGAAAUGGAGGGACAGGGAAGAGCGAACGGGAAGAGGAGGAUCAGAGCGAUGGAAGAACGACUCUCAAGAUGCUAGACAUACAUACACCUCGAUGGGGAAGUCCAGGGAACAGCAGGGUAGCUAUGGAAAGGAAUAUAGUGGGUCAAAAAGCUUCCAGCAGGAACCACAUAACGGCGGAUUGAAAGAGCAGGAUGGGACAGGACCUGCUUCGUUUAGGAAAAACCAAUCAAAUGGAUCCGCGGCACCCAAAUCCUCAAAUCCUGCUGGCUCGGAUCAGAAGGACAACAGAAGGAAAGGCAAGCUGGAAAGACCGAAUUCAGGCUACUUUGAGCGUUCCCACGAUGCAUCGAAAAAUGACUUUUCGCCGGACGCUGGAUUGGGUCAGUGCAUCAAAGUGGGCAGGUUUUCAAACGCGCAGCUCCCUAAUGGUGAUUUAGAACACAGACGGACCGGUCCAAUCAAGCUGCAGUCUUCAGCACCGCCUCAAAAACAAACCAACAUGCAUAACUCCGCCCCCAAGAAACCAUCCGGACCAAUCAAAGGUCAGAGAGAGACGGCGGACACAAAUGAUCACGUAAACUGGAGAGCUGGUGACCAGUGUCUAGCGCUGUACUGGGAAGACAAUAAGUUUUAUCGGGCGAGAAUCGACGCCAUCCACCCGUCUGGAUCCACGGCUGUGGUUGUGUUCAGCGACUACGGCAACUGCGAAGAAGUUCUGCUUCACAAUAUCAAACCUCUGCACAUGGAUGUGUGGGUAAGCAACAGAUUGAGCUCCAAGCCUUGAGCUCUGCUACAAAACCUAGAGCAUUUUGAAGCAUCACGGGUGCCAACGUGAAGGCUGUUCAAUAAUUUGCUGCCUUCUAAAAUACUUUCUUUUAGCAACCAUAUCAUUUGGGAACAUUGUACCAAAGUGAGAGAAAUGGUGCUUUUAAAUAUUCUUGCUUUCUUUCUUUCUUUAUGGUGGUGGCUGAGGAGAGACCCCCUCAUAUGAUUGUAAAGCA